AUAGAACCAAAGAACAUGGCAGCGGGAACAAGUGAAGUACGAGAGGGGAGAGAGAGAGAGAGUAGAGUAGAGUUGGAGAAGGAGAUGGAACAGAGUGGUGGAAUAGUAACUGGGUCGCAUGAAAGGAACGAACUUGUUAGAGUUAGGCACGGUUCUGAUAGUGGGUCUAAACCCUUAAAGAAUUUGAAUGGUCAAAUCUGUCAAAUAUGUGGUGAUACUGUUGGAUUAACAGCCACUGGUGAAAUCUUCGUUGCUUGCCACGAGUGUGCCUUCCCACUUUGUCAUUCUUGUUAUGAGUAUGAGCGGAAAAAUGCAAGCCAAUCUUGUCCCCAAUGCAAGACUAGAUACAAAAGUCACACAGAGAGUGCUCAAGUGGAGGGAGAUGAUGAUGAAGGUGAUGCUGAAGAUCUAGAGAAUGAGGUCAACUAUGGCCAAGGAAAUAAUACCUCGACGGGGCUGCAAUGGGAAGAAGAUGCUGACCUAUCUUCAUCUUCUGGACAUGAUUCUCAAAUACCAAAUCCUCAUCUAGCAAAUGGGCAGCCGAUGUCUGGUGAGAUUCCAUGUGCUACUUCUGAUACUCAAUCUGUGCAAACUAGAUCAGGUCCUUUGGGUCAAUCCGGGAAGGUUCAUUCACUUCCCUAUGUUGAUCAAAAGCAACCAGGUCUUGAGAGUGAUGAGGAGAUAAGAAGAGUGCCGGAGAUUGGAGGUGAAUCUGCCGGAACUUCAGCCUCUCGGCCAGACAAUGUUUCAACUGUAGGUCCUGAACGUGUUCAAGGGAUGAGUGAGGGUCAGAAGAAGAGAGGGAGAAGUCCAGCUGACAAAGAAAGCAAGCGGCUAAAAAGGCUAUUGAGGAACAGAGUUUCAGCUCAGCAAGCAAGGGAGAGGAAAAAGGCAUACUUGAAUGAUUUGGAAACAAGAGUCAAAGACUUAGAGAAGAAGAAUUCAGAGCUCAAAGAGAGACUUUCCACCUUGCAGAAUGAGAAUCAAAUGCUGAGACAAAUAUUGAAGAACACAACAGCAAGCAGGAGAGGGAGCAAUAGUGGUACUAAUAAUGCUGAAUAAACUUA